AUGGAGAUAUUGAAGGUUGAUGUUUCUCCAAAAGUUAGACACUUCUUUUGGAGGCUCUGUACGAACACGCUUUCGGUUCGAAGUUUGAUAAAUCAUCGUCAUAUGAUCGAGGAUGCAACUUGCCCCUGGUGCCACAAUUCAGAAGAAACCCCAUCCCACGCCCUGGUGGAGUGCAUUCGAGUGCAAGAGUUAUGGGAAGCCUGCCAGUGUAUUGCUCUGACCAAGUGGAACGAUUUUAAUUCACUUUGUGAUUUAAUUGUGAGCUGGAAAGAUUUGGAUGCUAAAAUGGUGCAAAGAGGAAUGAUCCUUGCUUGGUGUUUUUGGGGCGAGCGAAAUUUGAAGGUAUUUGAAAACAGAUGCACGCCUAAUAACAUCCUUAUUGAUCGAAUCAAUGGGCAUGUUGCAGAGCAAGGAACUUAUGCCAGUCAUAUAUAUGCUGCUAUUGGGCUAAAACCACCUUAG